GGAACCCAAUGAUUCCAAAACAGGUAAAAGACUUUUGACAACAUCUAUUGGUGAAUAGCACAACUCCAAUGGUUAUGCUUUCAACUAACCAUCUGUCACUCAUCAACUAACAUUCCUAUGUCCCAUGAAACAUGAAAUAAGCGCAAGGUAUUGACUGCUUGGUAACACACGCCCCUAUCUCUCAAUCAUCAAUGUCUGCUCCUUCAAAUUCCUCAAUCCUUAAGAGUCUCAAAAAGAUUAAAAUAAAGAGAGAGAGAGAGAUAGAAAGGGAAAACAACAAAAGGAAAACCCUUUUUUGUUAACUUUAUUUCUUCAUCUUUACUACUCCUCAGUUUCAUACCCUGCUUCAAAGUUUGAACCUUUUUUCCCUAACAUGGAACAUUCACCAGAACAUAGCCAACACGCACCUGCACCAUCUUCUUCUUCUUCUUUUAUAGUCACAAAUCUUCCAUCUUCUUCUUCAUCUAGCUCAGGAGUCUAUGAAGGAGAAGAGGAGGAAAAUAAUGGCCAUAGAAAUGAUGAAAACUUGCAGCACCACCACCAUCAACACCAAGAGCAGCAGCAACAUCAACAAUCUUCUGGGGUAUCUUAUCAUCUAAAUAUAUCGAUAUCCGCUGCGGCAAGAAUUGAUAUGAGGGAUGAUAUUUGGUCUUGUGUUAUUGUGCUUAUCACAUUUUGGAGUUUUGCAUCCAUGACUCUGAUUCUGGGUUAUUAUGGAUCUGUGACUUUACAAUUGGGUCCGAAUUGCUCACGCCUUAUGCAGCCUAACUCUGUCUUUGUUCAGUCUAUUCAGGUCGAAGAAUUGGAUAAGAGAAAACCUGGGUUAAUGUUGUAUGGAUUGGAAAGACCACCUCCCUCAGAUGUUGAAAUCUCCUGGAUUGAAACACAUGACGCAUUUGUACCAGCAAAUUUCCGUAAGUGGCUAUUCUUCUUAAACAAAGGGUCUAAAGUGAAUAUUUCAUACACCAUAAAAUCCGCCGGUUCCUCACCCUUAUCCCUUGUCAUUGCCCAAGGUAAAGAAAGCUUUCUUGAUUGGGUAGAGGAUCCAUCAUAUCCUACAACAUCUUUGUCAUGGAAUAUUAUAAAUGGAAGUGGUAAGAUCCAACAGGAAAUUCCGAAGUCUUCUAAUUAUUAUAUUGCUGUGGGAAAUUUGAACUCUGAGGAAGUGGAGAUACAGUUGAAGUUCUCAAUCAAUGCUCUCAUCUAUGACACAACUCAAGCGUAUUACAGAUGCUCCUUGGGCGACCAUUUGUGUACUUUAAAGCUUUAUCUUCUAGGAGAAGCUGCAGCUGUUCUCUCUUCACCUGGUCGAAGUGAGGAAACUCCGAAUAGUAUCUGGUAUGUUAAAGUAACUUAUGGACCUCGAUGGAUUACAUAUUUUGUUGGAUCAGGUGUGAUGACCAUCCUCAUAUUAUUAGCCUUAAGAUUCUGUAAAAUGUUCCAGACUAGAGAUGGACCAAGACUCAAUGCUGGAGAAAUGGAAUCAGAACGAGCCCCAUUACUUCCAGCAAAGGAUGAUGAUAUCUCAAGCUGGGGUUCUUCUUAUGAAUCUGUAUCCCAUGAUGAGGAGGAUCUGGAACAGUGGCUGGCAGUGACUUCUGUUCAAGGAAAGCCUUUGAACGAGGGGGAAAGCAACAAUCCUCGGCAUCUUUGUGUCAUUUGCUUUGAUGCACCAAGAGAUUGUUUCUUUCUUCCUUGUGGACAUUGUGCCACCUGUUUUACCUGUGGAACAAGGAUUGCAGAAGAUGCUGGUACUUGUCCAAUAUGUCGUAGGAAGAUGAAGAAAGUUCGGAAGGUAUUUACAGUUUAAGCCAUCCAUUUCAGUAAUGUUUUGCAAAGAUUUUACUCAUGGUGUAAAUUUAUAAUGCCCCACGGAUGAACAUGAAUGUUUUUUCCCUCUGACAGCGUGCAUUAUUUUCAGACAUGUACUGUAAUGUAGAAUAUAGGACCGUCUUAAAUUUGUUGCCAAGGUUUCAUAAAGGUUUGAUUGAAGGUUUUCCACAUUCUACAAGAUAAAGGUUCUCCAUUGGUAAUUGUCAAUAUCAUGUAAUCUUUUCUUUCUUUCCUCAGGCUUAAUCAAACAAUGUUCA